AUGAUGAAGACCAUCAUCUCGACUCUGCUCUUCGCAGAGGCAGCCAUUGCUUUCCCAUGGGUGUCUGAAAUCCACGGCGUGGACUCAUCCAUGCUGCAAAGACGCCAACAAGACCCCGAAGGAGCUGCAAGUGUGGCACAAUGUCCGUUCAACGCCAAUCAUGAACCUGCCGUGGCAUACAACCCCAAGUUUCCAUACAAUAACGCUCGAGAUGGCAAGAAGGGUGACGGAAGAGGAGGGUUUCGUGUUCCGGCUGUUGGAGAUGAUGCGCAUCGCUAUAUUGCUCCCACGUCUCGGGAUAUUCGUGGACCUUGUCCUGGAUUGAAUGUUGCAGCGAACCACGGCUUCCUCGCCCGAGAUGGUGUUUCCACCUACGCCGAGCUUGUCGACGCGUGCCAGAACGUAUACAAUGUCGGCUACGAUUUGGCCAAUGUCCUGGCAUUGAUAGCCCUGCAAGCCGACGGCGACCUCAUUACUCAAAAGAUCUCCAUUGGAUGUGAUGCGACUACUCGAACGUCCAUCAGCCCGAUUUUGACGGGUAGUCAGCCGGGUCUGAAUGGCCAUAAUAAGUUUGAGCAAGAUGCCUCACUUACUAGAAAUGACUUCUUCACGCAUAACGGCGACAACUUCCGAUUCAACAGCACGUUGUUCGAGAUGAUGACCGAAACGACUGGCGGCAACUUCGAUCUCGAAGGCCUGGCUCUAUACCGCAAGCAACGCUACGACCAAUCCAAACGAGACAACCCCAACUUCUACUUCGGCCCUCUGAGUAUCCUCCUCUAUGGCGCCGCCUCAUUCCUCUACGAGCUCUUCCCAUCCGGUACGCGAGGCUACCGACCCGAUUUGGAGACCAUGACUGCGUUUUUCGUGGAGGAGAAAUUCCCUGACAAUUGGACGAACCGCGUGGUUCCUUACACUACAGCACUCGCCUCGCAGGAGAUUUUGAAGAUGUAUCUGCUUCAUCCCGUGGUGUUUGGAGGCAAUACCGGAACCGGGUCAUUCAAUGCCAUUCCUAGCUUUGGUGCUAUCCAGGAUGGGAACAUCUCUUCUGCCAUUACUGUGCAGCAGACUACGUGUUUGAUUUACCAGCUUGCUUUUGGAUCGGUCCCGUCGAGUUUGAAUGGCGUUGUUACUCCUACCGUGGAGGCUUUGGCUUUUGCUGCAACUAAGCUUGGUGUUGAUUUUGAUAAUUUGGGGUGUCCGAUUGCUUUGACUUAG